ACCCUUCCUUAGCUUUCCCACGCCGCGAUCUCGAGAUCUCCAAGCGUAAAAGAGAGGGAAACGCCGCUCUCGCAAGAAGAAACAGCACCCUUUUUCCUGCGUCGAGUUCUCGAGAUCUUUGGUUGCAAGCAGCAAACAGACCAAGGGACAAACGACUAAACAUGGAUACAGACAGGCAAGACGAGGUCGACUCGCCUAUGAUUGAGGACUUUCUCGACUGCGACCAGUUGGGAUCAGACUCAGACGGCGGCAGCUCCGGCAGUUCCUCUCCUAGGAAAUCGUUCAAACGCCUUCACAUUCACGUCGACAUGACCAAUAGCCAGUACCUCGCGCCCGGGGCGCACCACGGCGAGCAGACCCGGAUAGACGGCCUGCCGAUCUGCACUAGCGGCCCAUCAACAGGUGCUUUCUCUUCAGCAGCCGAUCUCGACCCCUACAGCGCAGUAUCCGGCGUCUCGUCGUUCAACUACCCUGCCGCUGCUGACCCAAGCCUCCUGACGCCGGCAUCGAGCUCGGGGAGCCCUCCUCUGCAGCACAAACAGUCGGGGAAACCGAUGCGGACUUACCACCAUUCUCAGACGCCGGCUCUCGCACCGCAGGCGCCGACGCCUCCCGACACAUCCAAGAUGUACAGCUACAACGGCUACGAGCUGAACUCCAGCAGCCAAAGCCCGUCUCCCAUGACGGUGAACCCGUCAGUGACGGAAGCCGCGCCCUUCAUGACGCCCUACAUGGCGCACUCUCCUCCCGUCAGCCACCAUACCUCCUCGCCCAAGAGCGAGAUCCCGCCUCCAAUCGAUCCCUAUCUCGGCCACUUUACUGUCUCGGGCGGAAACGACGGUGAUGUAACGCACCACUCGCUGCAAGAUUACCACCCGUACGGCGUCGAAGUCGCCCAACCAGGCGCAUACCUUGCCCAGCAACACGUCCCGGUCGGCACACCGCACAUGCACCACCGCAUGCCUUCAGAUGGGUCGGCACCAGUCUUGUCGCAACCCCACCCUUCACACUUUAGGCCGCACUCCGGGGCCCAAGUCGGCGCGAUCGAGGACCUGCGAGACCCCGGCAUGCUCCUCGGGCCGUAUCCGACCCACGGGGCCAUGAGCCCAGGCAGGAGAGCGCCGCCGCGGAAGAAGCCCUCUAAUUCCAGGAAGCCGUCCCGCGCACCCAAGGCGAUGCCCCACGCUGGGCCGAGCGCCAAUGGCCAGUUCAGGCCGGAAGAGGAUGGGGAGAAGCUCACGCUGAAGGACGAUGCUCCCGAGGACGACAAGUACCUCUUCCAGCUCCGGAACGAGUACAUCUCGGAGAAGGGCAAGGGCAUGUGGGAGGAGAUGAAGGCCAGGUACUCAGAGAAGCACCAGGGCAACUGGGAGAAGGCCGCCCUCCAGAUGAAGGUCUCGCGAGCAGUGGCCCGGUAUGGCGUAUGGCCAGAAAGAGAGAUUGAUCGGCUCAAGGAAGCCUUCGAUUACUUCGAGGACAUGCGGUACCAGCUCAUCAUCGCCCGGAUGAAGGAGACGGGCGGCUGCCGGGUGUGGGACUGGAAGAAGCCGCAUAUUAUUGCGAUGCUGGUGAAGCUCGGCUUGGAAGAGCCGACAGCCAACGAGAAGACGGGCCUACGCCGGCGCAAGAAAGCGGCCAAGAGGCAGGGCAGCCCCCAGAACGGCGGCCACCCCGUCAUGGGCGACUGGUCGGGCGGGCUCGGCUUGCACCACCCGGUCUACCACGGACACGCGCACGCGCACCACGUCGCCGCCAACGCGGCAGCACGCCAGGGGCAGCAGUUCGAUACCAUGAUGGGCGACGACUUCGGCGGGCCGCCCAACCUGACGGCCAAGCAGCAGGACGACCUCAUCAACGACGUCUUCAGCAACGUCAAGGCAGAGCGCAGCCUCAGCCCGGACAACGGCAUGGAUGGCAUGGACGGGUUCGCGUACGGCAGCACCGACGCCGGCGGCGCGAGGCGGCCUUCGACAGCGGCCCCCCGCGAGUUCAAUCACCAGGGCAGCGCCCGUGUGGCACGACAAGCGUGCGAUCAAUUGCUCCAGCACCCUUCUUCAUAGAUACCCCGGGAAAUGCACAACGGCGCAAGGAUAAUAACGAGACCAUGGCACAGCCACCACGGCGAAGGUACAAGAAACAAGAAUGACGGGGGGCUGGGUAAUCAGGGCAACCUGACUGGCAUCUUCUUUGGGUUUUGGGUGGGCGGUUUGGGUUCUGGUUUGGGGGCGGUAAUCCUGUAUUUUUACCAGCAUCGU